UUUAAGCGAGGCAGGACAUUUGGAAGGAGGGGUGGUGAGGGUAGAAAAAGUAGCUGCAGGUUUUUCACGUUGGGGGAAAAAAAAAACAAGAAAGAGGAUGAAAACUUUGUCCCAAAUCGAAGGACCCUGCUACAAGAGCCGCGGGUUGUAUCGUAUGCAAAUACGCAAGCUGACGUAAGAGAUCAUGUGGGUUUUGGCGUAGAUCACCACCACCGAUCGGAGAGGGGUUUUUUUUUAAAAAAAAAAAAAUUUAAUUUUUUCUCCCCAAAUUGCUACUGGGGUUGUUGUUUUUGUGUGUGUGCUUGAGUGUGUGUGUGCGUGCGUGCGUGUGGUGGUGGUUGCUUUCUUUUCGCGGCGGGGGUGGGGUGGGGGGUGCGGUGGGCCGAGUGUUAAAACCGAGAGUCCCGGACCGGCUCCCCCGCGUUCUCGAACGCGCACCGAGAGUUCCAUUCCGGGGAAAGUUCGUGUCUCGGCGUUCCAAAGCUUUGAUCGCAGGUGCCAUGCAGCCCGAUUGGUGUGGUGGCCAAAGCUAAACGCCAUGGUUGGAAUUCUUUAGGACACACAUCCUGGACAACAUCACACAAUAAGCCAUCUUGGGGAGCAUCUUGCCCAGGAGAAGAAGCUGCUCUUGCCAAGGACAGUUGCACAGCUGCCAUGGCUAGCAAAAGGAAAUCGACCACUCCGUGUAUGGUUCGAGCAUCUGAGGCCAUGGAGCAGGAAGCUCCCAAGGACUGUAGCAUGGGAAGGGCAGCGACCGGCACUCCAGAACAGGACGUGAGCAAUGGUUUGGUGGCCGGUAAGGAGAGCUGCGAAAACGACUGUGAGGUGAUCGAAGGGAAAUCCUCCCCGGCCAACCCGGCCAGGAAACCCCUCGGAGGCUACGAAUGUAAGUACUGCCCCUAUUCCACGCAGAAUCUGAACGAGUUCACAGAGCACAUAGACACCCAGCACCCCAACGUGAUCCUCAACCCCCUGUACGUGUGCGCCGAAUGCAACUUCACAACCAAAAAGUACGAUUCCUUGUCCGAACACAACGCCAAACUCCACCCGGGAGAGAACAACUUCAAGCUCAAGUUGAUCAAGCUCAACAACCAGACUGUCCUAGAGCAGUCCAUUGAGGCGGCGAGCAGCUCAGUUGCCCUGGAAACCCCUGAAAUCGAGGUGGUUCCUGCCGGGGCUAGUGGUACAAGCAAGACCACCCCAGUGAUCAACGUUGGGAAGCCUAAAGUCGAAGCCAGGAAAGUUUCUUUAGAGAACCACCUGGAUGGGAUCCCCCACCUGGUUACGGAGACCACGGAGCCUAUCACAUGCAUUAACGGAGCAGAGCUUCUCCACGAUAUCCUGGCCCAUGUGAUGCCCUCUGUGCAGCUCCCGCCAAACAUCAACCUGGUUCCCAAAGUCCCCGUGCCGCUGAACAGUACCAAAUACAAUUCCGCACUGGACACCAACACAACCAUGAUCAGCUCCUUCAACAAGUUUCCGUACCCGACGCAGGCGGAGUUGUCGUGGUUGACGGCCGCGUCCAAGCACCCCGAGGAGCAGAUCCGGAUUUGGUUUGCCACCCAGCGUCUGAAGCACGGCAUCAGCUGGUCUCCGGAAGAGGUGGAGGAGGCGAGGAAGAAGAUGUUCAACGGCACUAUCCAGCCAGCAGCCCAGACCAUUGCCGUUCUGCCCGCUCACGUCGCCGCUGCAAAAAUGCCGCAGCCAAUGAUCCAGACGGCUGUGCCUUGCCAGAUACUUAGCCAGACCGGCCUGGUUUUGACACAAGUCUCAAACGGGUCCCAUGUUUCCCCCAUUGCCCUUGCCGUGGCGGCCAACCAAGGGCAGAAACGGAGCAUGCAGGCCCAGGCGGCUGUCCCGGAAGUCAAACGGCCGCACAUUGUCGCCGCGGAGGUCUUGUCCAAACAAAUCGCCCCUGCUGCUCCGACGAGCACGACUGCAGUGCCCUUGUCUCCUGCGCUGCUGGCAAAUGACCGCAAGAAGACCAAGGAGCAAAUAGCAGCCCUGAAGGCGAGCUUUAUUGUCAGCCAGUUCCCAGAUAACGCGGAAGUGUACAGGCUGAUAGAAGUCACGGGCCUCUCCCGAAGCGAGAUCAAGAAGUGGUUCAGCGACCACCGCUACCGGAGCCAGCGAGGGAUUGUCCACAUCACGAGCGAGUCACUAGCCAAGGACCAGGUUGCUCUGGUGGCUGCAAGGCAGGGGCGGAACUAUAAUCCAUACCCAGACUUCACUUUCCAGAAGUUCAAAGGAAAAUCCAGAGAACAGCUGGGGAUCCUUGAAGAAAGCUUUAUCAAGAGUUCUUUCCCAACCCAAAGCGAGUUGGAAAGGCUCCGGAACGAAGCCUGCAUGACUGGACGGGAGGUUGAGGCCUGGUUCUCCGAGCGCAGGAAGCUCAGGGAUAAUAUGGAACAAGCCGUCUUGGACUCUAUGGGGCCGAGCAUAAAGAAUAAGGAGGAAGGGGCUUCCAACGGUGCCAUUGGUCCAACAGAGCAGUUCGACAUCUCCCAGGCACCGACCUCUUUGUCCAGGUGCUCGACAGCAUUUGCCCCAAGUAGCCAAGAGCAGGCGCACUUGCUGAAGAGCACGUUUGCGAGGACGCAGUGGCCAACUCCGCAGGAGUAUGACGAGUUGGCGGCUCAGACGGGGCUCACGAGGACUGAAAUAGUGCGUUGGUUCAAAGAGAACAGGAGCUGCCUACGAACCGGGACGCUAAAAUGGCUGGACCAAUACCAGCAGCAGUAUGCUGUUGACGGAUAUGAUGAGGCAAAAGGACCAGCAGCCCCCGAGACGGCAAGUAGCAGUAGCGAGGGGGUUCAGCAACCCAGUCAAGAGCAUCAGAAGCUGGAUAAGCAGGACAUAGAGGGCAUGGAGAAAUCUGAAUGCAGUGACCGGGGUAGUCAAGGCAAUAACGAGAACAAGGGAAAUGUGAGUUGGGUGGAAGUCACCAUCGACGAUGAUGAUGACGCUUCGGACUGUAUGGACAGCUGGGGUCAAGCAGCGCCUGGAAGCAAAGCAGGUUUUGAUUCUGAAAGUAUACCUGGCGAUACCUCUCACACCUAAGACAGGUAACGAUGGGGAUUGUUUGUUGACCUAACGCUGGCCGUGGUCCUCCUUGGCUCAGCGUUCUAAUUCUAGGGUUGCGUCCAGCUAUAGCAACUUCCACUUGUGCAGCAGGACUUCCUCCUCCCCACCCCCCCACAGUUCCCAAAUCUGCUCUGAAGUGUUGGAGGAACAUCAACACACUUGUAGACAGUGGUGGGUGUGCAGUCAGUGGACUAGGCCAGGCUUCCUCAAACUCGGCCCUCCAGAUGUUUUGAGACUACAAUUCCCAUCAUCCCUGAACACUGGUCCUGCUAGCUAGGGAUCAUGGGAGUUGUAGCCCAAAAACAUCUGGAGGGCCGAGUUUGAGGAAGCCCGGACUAGGGGAACUAGGCUCGUCCCCAAAAUGUUCCUGGUAAAUUAGAGUAUUAAAAUAUUAAAGCUUGGCACCUCCUUCCCAAAGCCUGGGAAGCUUCUGUGUGAUGCGUCAACGGGGUCCAAGAGCCCUUCUGCCACCUCCCCAAAGCCUGCCCUGCUUUGGGAAGUAGGCAGGAGGCCAGCAUCUUCUCAGAGGCCUGGCACCUCUUUCCCAAAGCCCAGGAAGCUUCUGUCCAACUUAGGGAGACGUGAUGCUCAUGCACGUGACGUCAACACACCUGGCAAAUUUCGAACGGCGCAUGUAUCUGGCUCUAGAUUGGAAUAGAGGAAAAUAUUGACCUGUUUUAUAUGCUUAGGAAACAGCAGCCUCUGCAUGCUUUUCAGAACCACCUUCACUGAUUAAUCAUAAUCCAAGGAGUCUCCCAGUUCUCUGUGUGUAUUUUGAUUUCAUUUAUCUGUCCCUGGGCUUAGUGUCUUUUUAAACACUCAUUGCUGAAAACGCAAACUUAGGCCCUCUAGUGGGAAAAAACAUACAAACUUUGAGAUGCUUAUUAACAUGGUCUCAUCUUGCUUUCGGGACACCAUCCAGCAAAGAAUUGGUAACACUUAAAGUCAGCGGGUUUGCUAUUGAAAAUAUUGUAUUGUUUGUAAGCUGGGGUCAGGUACUAAAGAUUUCUUUUUUUAUUCUAAGGUAUCUUAAAGCACUUGCCACAGGCACUACACACACAGGACCCCUGUAAAGGGCUGCUUAGUACCAGACAGAAAUCUGAAAAAUUAAUUUGGUUAGCUUCAGCAUUCUCCUUACUUUUUUCGUUAGUAAAAUCGGGAGUUUUCUGUGUCCAGGUGAGCACCGUAUGGUUUAAUAAGGCAAGCGCAGAAUGCAGGGAAUGAGAGGGGACGGGUGCAGAUCACAUGCAAUACGCCAGGUGUGUUGCGCAGGCCUAUCCUUUGGCAAGCAUUUGGCAUCCAGAUAACUUAUUGGGGGUGAGAAGAGAUGCUGUCUCUUACAAGUACACUCCUCUGCAAGGUUGCUCAGAAAUAAGCCUCACUGAGUUCAACAGGGAUUUAUUUAAUUCCCAGGUAAGUGUGUGUAGGUUUGCAGACAGGCAGAGCGACCAAGUAAGGGAGAAUGAAGAGGAGGAAGAAAGGUUGUUUUCUGCUGCUCCAGAGAAGCGGACACGGAGCAAUGGAUUCAAACUACAAGAAAGAAGAUUCCACCUAAACAUUAGGAAGAACUUCCUGACAGUAAGAGCUGUUCAGCAGUGGAAUUUGCUACCAAGGAGUGUGGUGGAGUCCCCUUCUUUGGAGGUCUUUAAGCAGAGGCUUGACAGGCAUAUGUCAAGAUUGCUUUGAUUGUGUUUCCUGCUUGGCAGGGGGUUGGACUGGAUGGCCCUUGUGGUCUCUUCCAACUCUAUGAUUCUAAGAUGAGCUGGGGCGACUUCUUUUUAUGGAAGCUUUUUAUGGGCUGCAGCCCUUGUUUGUUUGCUUUUUUAAAAAUCCUUACCACUGGUCUUGGUGCAAGGGAAAAUUAAGUACGUCACUUCCAGGGCUGGCAUACUCCCUCCCCUGCAAACAUAAUAUUUAUGGGUAUUUCUAAAUGAAUGAAUGAAUCCAGCCACUCCAAAGCCUUCCCCUACACACAUAGCUGUAUUUGUUUCACUCCAAGUAAGAAGACCCAUUGAAUUUCAUACACCUGAGUUAUUGCCCCACAGCCAAAAAGCACAAAGGAGGGUUGUUGCUGAAUUAAAACAAAAGCUAUGUUCUGUUUUGCGAAAUAAUAACCGUAUUCUGUGCACUCCAUUUGUUUAUUUGUCAUAGGCAUAUCUUUCAGCUUUCUAGACCUAUCUUUCCACUUUUGGGGAGUACGGCGUCACUGACCCUGGGAGCAAGCGGGAUCUUCAGAAGCAGGAAAAUCCAACGGGUUUUCCCUCCCGGUUCAAGGCACGUGGGUACAGUUGUGGUGGAGAAAGGACAGUCCUGUGGAGCGUCACUACAGAUCUCACGGUGCCAAAUUUCCACCAGGGGACUUUUCCAACAAGGGCCCUUGUACAUAGGUUUUUUUCCCACAGCGUCCAACUUGCUUGCCUCCCAUUGUAACUUCCCAUUUACAACGUGGAGACGUCUUGCUGCCUUUCCUGGCUGGUGCAUAUGCUGUGCAUUCUCAUUACCAUCUCGAGAUCGCAAUUUGGCUUAUUGGUUUUCUUGAAAAUUAGUUACCGCUGCAUCUACAUCCAGGAUGACUUGGAAACCUUUUUGGCCUGCUGCACGUUUCUAAAGAUGUGUUUCUAUUUUCGCAGUGAGAGUUUACCCAUCUCAACACAUUUUUACCUGUUCAGUCUAGGGCUAGCUGCUCGUUGUGACUUUCCCAAGAGCCUUUUAUUUGCAGUUGGUUUCCUUUUGUUCCUCUGCAUGCAGGAAAAAGCAGCAAAAACUUUUGUCUUGGAGGGACAGCCGAUCUCUUUAACACAUCCUGCAUUUCACCGUUUGCCAAAACAUCUGGAUUAUGGAGCUCCAGAGUUGUUGGCAGUACGCCUUUGCUUGUUCCAAGCACCUUUUUCUACUACAUGUAGUACAAUCCUAAAAAAAAAAAGACUUUACAAUGGAGGGCUUAAGCUUCUUGAUAACUGAACUUGCUCACAAUUCUUUGUUCGGUGCAAAGACAGAGACUUAUUUUUGUCAGCCUUAGAUGCUCUAGUACACAACAUGGUUUCUUGAAGCCUCAGCCACUACAUCUUUCAUUUGUUUCUAGGUCCUCAGAAUGCACUUUUGUUCUCCAAAUAACUGCUGAGAGAGUGGACGAACUGUCAUAUGGGCACAGGUCAAAUGGUGAAGUUGCUUUGGUUUGGAGAGACGGAUCCGUUUCCCAUCCCACCAUACGCUGCACAAAUCUAAUUGCUAGGGAGUUUGAAUUAAAACAAAACACUUUUCUAACUUUUUGCUUGUUUGUUGUAACUCAGUAAAACAAAGGCUUUAAUGUUUUUGGUAAGCUUUUCCCCUUGUCUCUCUCUCUCUUUUUUAAAAAAGUGCAAAAUCUUCCUCACGCUGCUAAGUAGCUUUAAAUACAGCAUAGUGUGCCUGCUCUUGAAUGCUGAGUAGCAGCUUAAAGAAAGUUAUCCAGGAAAGAAGCAAGGCCUACUGUCAUUCACAGCCAUUAUUUUGCCAGCCGGAUUUAGAGACAUUGAAAUCCCACUGCUAUCAUUCUCUACAUUCAGAGGGAAGAACCUUUUCUCCCUCUCUCGGUCUUCCAUUGCCUUGGGAGAAAAUGGGCAGGGAUGGAAAAUGGAUGUGCCCACACGCUUAAAAUGAUAGAUACACACACACCCCCUUAAGUGCACAAACACCAAGUUUCCAAUUGGAUGAUGAAUGAGGAAGGACCAAUUUUCACCCUCAGUCUAGCAUGCAAGGAGGUCUCAACCUCGUCACGCAGCAUGCAGCAAGCAGGGUGAAAUUUAGGGUGAGGAUAGGAGCUUGGAUAGGUGAUGAGGCCUGGCAGGCCAGAAGUUUCCCAGGCAUGUUUUGCAUCAUGGAGGGGGAACCUCAGGCAAAAGGGCCAAAUUGAGCCUUCCACACCUGCCUGGCCCUAUCUCUGGGUCACGUACUCUCCCCUUGCCCUGCUUUGCACCCUCUUGAGAGUCUCUGCCUGGUUAGCAUAUUUCCUUAAACACUGGUGCUUCUUGCUUGCCUGGAUGGAAGGUAGAGGAGCAUGUGAAGAAACUAGGCUACUAUACAAAGGUAUAUCAUUUUGCUCCUGCCCAGGAUUGGGAGCGGACACAGAAAAGGAUGCUGGAUCGCACCUGUGGAAGUCCUAGUGGCAGGAAUUCUAUGGAUACUGCCACAAGCCCUCUCAUCAAUAGGCUUGGCACAAGGAAGGGUUUUUCUCACAGUCUACAGAUGGAGCAAUGCUGUGAUUGCUCAUAGAUGGCCUUAGAUGAUGUGUCUUUUAAUGACCCGAUAUUACUACUUGGUUACAUAGGACGUUUUGCAUUGUUGACCAAGACACAAUGUUAGAGGAGCUCCCCAAGAAGUCAGCAACAAUAAUCUACUGCCCUUGUGAGAACAGCGGUACAGUGGUCCCUCGACUUACUAAUUUAAUCCGUUCCGAAUGCACAUUCGUAGGUCGAAAAGUUUGUAAGGCGAAAAAAGUGGUUUCCCAUAGGAAUUGGAAAUGGAAAAAUUCGUAAGUCGAGUAAACCGCAUCUAAAAUUCGUAAGUCGAGAAAACCCCAUCUAAACUGCAACGGUUUUCCUUUCAGAUGUCGAAAAAACCGUAAGCGUGCGGCCAUUUUUUUUUCAUUCGUAACUCGAAAUUUCGUAACUCGAGUACUUCGUAAGUUGAGGGACCACUGUAUUCAAUUUAUGGCUGGAGUAGCACCUACAAAGCUCUCUUGAGGUUGCACAGUAAAGUCAAAGGCAUGCAAAGCUGAAACAAAUUCAGUGUCAGACAGCUUUCUAGAGUUUUACAUCUUUAAUUUAAAACUUUGCCAAGAACAAAAAAUUGGUUACAAAAAAAGAGAAGUUAUCUACAAAAAGAAGUACUCAUUUCAUAACAGAAGCUGCCGGUGGCAGUUUGAGAGUGGGGAGGGAAAAGUGCUUCAGGUGAACAAAAACCAAAGUAGUGCGAAGUGCCCAAAAGUGAGUUUUUACCAUCCAGGAAAGGCACAUGGUAUUGAUCUAGGAUGGACACCAGGCUUGGAUAUGCACCAGUUGCAUGUGGACGGCUAACAUGCUAGUGAGAAGGCAGACUAGAAAUCUCCCUGCUGUGUUCCCCAUGUGCAGAGAGAUGAAGGGACACAUUCCGAUAGCCAAAUCCAGCUUUGAGAAGAACUGGUCUUCCACGAGACUAGACCACUGCAAAAAUCAACAUGGGGUCAGGGGAAAAAAGGAGAAUAUCACUGGCUUAGAUUUUCACUAACCAAGCCACCCCUCACAUGCACUGCAACAUGGUAAAAUUGCUGUACCGUAUGCCCUUCCUGAAUAUUUGACUUUUGCUUUAAGAUUAUGGUGCAGACAGAAAUUUCAGACACCGAACCUGCCCCCUUCUAUUCUCUGGUGUGCUUUAUACUUGUAAAAGGGAUGGAAAUCAUUGCUCCGUUCAGGAUGAGCUAGCAGCUUCCUGCAGAACUAGGAGCUUGGGGUUGGUAGGCCAGCAAUUCUCGUGGCUUAGAGCCAAGCUACAGGUUCCCUUUAAAAACGUGCUCGGUUCUUUGAGCACCAGCAACCGCUGCAAGCAGAUGAGGGGUGUUGCUUUCCCCUUUCUGCUACCAGUGUUCAAGGGAGAAGCUGCGCAAUGCAGGCUUAAUGAUGGUCCUUGUUGGCUACGCAAGAUUGGCAGGUCUCUUCAGCUGCGGCAGGGCUGCUGCCAUUCAGCAUUGGGGGAAAUGAAUCUGCUAAAACAGUGUAAGAGAUCUCUUAAAUUAGAGCUGAGAUGUAGAAGUAGUAUUGUGGAGAACUGAAUGAGUGGAUUCCUCCACCUUUACAAAGACCCCAAAAUAUCCCUGGCUUUGGAAUGCUAGCUUGUCAGGGAGCAAUUAUUAAAGCUAUGGAAAGCUAUUCUUACUCCCCUCUUCCCUUUCAUGGAGUACUUUCUAACAUAAGAACAUAUUCAAAGCUGCGAUUUCCCACCUACAUUAUGAAGUUGGCUGCACCUCGGCUUAAAAUUGAUGCGUUGAUUAGCUCUAUGAUCAGUAUAGCUAUGGGGUUGUAGCCAAUUAGAUUCGACUCAGAGUAGACUCAUCAGAAUUAAUGGACCCAAAUUAGUCAUGUCUGUUCAUGGAUUUCACUUUGGUUGUAAUCCAGUGUUCCAUUCUACAGAAUGGUCUUUGAAAGAAACUCAGCUUUUUGUACAGACCAACCACAACACCUCAAGCAAUACAGAGACCAAUUUCUCCUAGAAUGCAGAGAAGACAAAAUCCCAUUCCUUAAAGUAUUCACAAUGAGUUCCUGUUUUCAGAACCUGGGUUGGGGUAACAUUCAAAAUUUACACAACUUAGGCAGUGUAUGAAAAGAGAACAAGCAGCCUUGGGCAAAGAACUGCAUACACAGCUGAAACUCUUCCUUUCUGGUUUCGGUACAACUGUUCCCACUGCUGAAGAGGCAAGCCUAGAGUGCAGUGUUGAGAAGCUGCUUGACUCUUUGCCAGUGGAACCUGUUGUGUGAAUGAACAGCAAGCAAAGCUGUGCUGUCCCUGUGCACAUGGGGACAGCCAAUUCACGAAACCACCAGGAUUAAUUCAUGACAAUAUGCUAUAGGAAUUUGGGUCCCCACGUGCUACAAGCCAGAAUUAAUGACAAAUAUAGUCUGACCUUGGGGAAUUGCCAUCCUUUUUAUGACAAAUAUAUAUAUCUAUAUAUUUAAAUCAAGCAAGAGCCACCGGAAGGUUUAUUACCAUGAGGGUGCUGCUAAAUGAUUUCUUAAUCUAUACCUUUUCCCACUAUCAAGACACAUAAUUGCAAGGUUUCUGUUUUCCUCAACGAAGACUGCCACAGUAGGUUCACACCUUUGAGAAAGCGGAAUCCGGUGAAAGUAUCGCUCCCUCGCCAAUCCCACCCAACCCCAGUUCAGUAUACAAAUAUACACAGAGCAAGGAUAGACAACACAGUGCCCUCCAAAUGCAGUUGGCCCUGAUGAGGGUCCGACCACAUCUCGAGGGUGCCACAUUGGCUACACCUUUGAUGCACGGAGAAAUAUCAGUAGCGAUUGCAACCCAAAACAUUCAUAAUCACUUCUACAGCACUUUCCAUGUUUGCAGUGCUAUUGAAAGAGUGCCUACUUGCGCAGCUGGGUGAAAUGUUUUGCAGUCCCAUUUUGCAGGUGGGAACACAGGUAAGCACAACUUGAUGUGGUUUGCUUGGGGAUAAGGGAGAAAGAGACGAAGAGGAGAAGGAACAAACCAGCGGAUUGGGAGGACAAGGUUAGGUCUGCUUUCUCCUCCCUCUAUCCAAAUAUCUCCAAUGUCACCCCACAUAAAACAAUCAUCAGUUGUUUGAUACCCAUUGCUCGUAUUAUGAUCGAGCAGCUUAACUUGCAAUGAAGGUUACUACUGAACAUUCUCAGGUACCCAAAUUUUCUUCCAGAAUGAGAAAUGCUGACGCACCGGUUGGUAGGGAGUCUUGUUUGAAAACACAGAAUAAUUUUUGCUAACCCUCCAACUUUGUUUUUUCACAGCUUGCCUUCCCCUUUACAAGAUACAAACCCAAGCAUGAUUACCUUACAGAUUCCAAAGAACUGAGUUUUGUCUCGGACCUAUGAGUGUUAUUUACUCGGAAGUAAGCCCCACCAAGCAGCAAAAAAUUCCCCAAAGAGAGCUAGCGCUCUGCCUCAGUGGCCUAGGUUCACAUCUCCUCCAGUCAAAACAAGUAUCUGAUGCCUUACACGGGAAAUUUUAGGAUCUGUUCCUGCUAAAUAAAUACCAACAUAGUUCUCAAUACCCGAAGAGCUCCUGCUAGUUAGUAUUACAGCAAACUCUGAAGUAACCCAUUGUUUUUUACCAGUUACUAUGUUGGACAAUUCUCUGACCCAAGGAGUAGAUUCUUAAUGGACUCUGUAAGGCUCUUAUGCAAAUUGAGGCCUGAAAUUCAGAUGCAACGACAUAAAUUCACCUGAGGAGAGGUUGGUAAAAGAAAAUACACUGUGCUAGACAAUAUUAAAAAUGUGUGUUCUUUUUUUUUUUAAUGGCAGCACUGAGUUGAGUUGAGCACUAUUCAACAGCCUGGAGUAAAAUCUAUCUUGUGCCUUCAGUUGUGUCAUCUUCCACCAGGAACGAAAAGAAAAAGUAGGAUUUCUUAAUGGGCCAGACCCAAUUGCCCUAGAGCAAACCCAGUCCUUGAGUGCACUCCACAGUAGGAGCCAUUCCCAUGAAUGGUUGAAGAUGUCCCGCACACACAAAAAGAAAAGAAGAAGAGAGAAAGCAGGAAGUUCUUUCACUGA